CGGAGUGGAGGGGCAGAUUUAGACGGAAAGAAUAGAAAUGAAGGGAAUGGAAUUGAAUUGAAACGAAUGGAAUUGUGGAAUCAGCUCGAUCGAAGGUCGGGUCUGUCAUUUAGUACUCUGCCGAAUCGGGCAGAGGGCAGUGUUCCAGCUUCGAUUAGGCUCUUCUGCGAAUAUUAGCUUAGGUUAUGGCUGAAGUUGUGCGCUAGUGUUACAGCGGCGAUUAGUUUAGACGCUCACUGGCGGGCAGGUUGAGGUAGUUAUCACUCCUUCCGCAAGAGCUGGAUGAGGAGGAAGAAUCCAGGGCAGGCAGGACAGGGCACAGGCGGGGCAGAGACGAUGCGCUGGACGAUAAUUUUAUUUGAUCGAUGAGUAGUUAUUCGAUUGGAGGAGUCUUGUCUGGAAUUUUGGGAGCUCGCAAAAGGUGGAGGGGGCGUGGCUCGCGAGCUUUUACAGGGAAAUUUGCCACUUUCAGAGACAGUAGUGGGAACUGAUUAUUUUCCGUUUCGCGCAUGGAGGGCAAUCCUGGUUCGAAGAUUUGCAACUCCAGCUGAGAGAUUCUUCUGGGUUGAAAUUACAGAGGAGAAGUCAAAUUUGUGCUUACAGAGCUCCUCUGUGGGUGCAGGGUGGGUUGUUUGGAGCUUGCAGCUGUGCAUGUGACACCCGGGCUGCAAGUUGCCAGAAGAUGGUGGACUUUUACAAUCAUGUCAAACAUUGCACAACUCAUCCAAAAUUUCUUCAUAGCAACAGUACCAGUCACAGAUGGGUAUUUGGGGCAAUUGCGGAACUUAUUGACAAUGCCAUUGACCCGGACGUCAACGCAUCUCAGUUCUGUAUUGACAUGAAAGAGUUCAACAAUGAACCAUGUUUAGUAUUCAUGGACAACGGUUCUGGUUUGGUUCCUGAGAAACUCCACAAGAUGCUCAGUUUUGGACACUCGAAGAAGCAAAUGACUCCUGGAGACAGAUCCAUAGGGAAGCAUGGAAAUGGUUUCAAGUCAGGGACAAUGCGACUAGGAAAAGAUGUUCUGGUGCUUACCAAGUGCACGGAGAGCAUGACUGCCGGAUUUCUUUCUCAGACUUUUCUGGCAGACACUAAUGCUGAAGAUAUUUUGAUUCCACAAGUGUCUUGGGAUCGUCAAGGAAAUCGUCUCUCCCCCGUGGAUCUGGAGAUAGAGGAAAGUUUGAAAGCUAUUUGUAAAUACUCGAUCUUCCCAGAUGAAGAAAGUCUUCUAGCACAACUGGAAGCCAUACCUCAAACCGGCGCAAUCCUGAUUAUAUCAAACCUGCGUCGUCACGAGGGGGUUCUUGAGCUUGACUUUGAAACAGAUCCACAUGAUAUUCGCAUCACUUCUGAAAUUACUUCCGCCGCACAUUUCCAGCAGCUUCGGCCAAAUCAGCCGAAUACAACUGUAGUCCCAAUGGAUUUUUCCCUACGAGCAUAUGUCUCUAUCCUUUACAAGGUGCCAAGAAUGCAGAUAUUUAUCAGAGAUAAGAAGGUUAAGACGAAAAGAAUCGCUGGAUUACUGAGCCAGAAAGAAACGGAAUCGUAUAAGCCGUAUGGAGUAGCAGAAAGUAUCAAGAUUGAGCUUGGCUUUAAUACAGAAAAUAAGAAUCUUUAUGGCAUGAUGCUAUAUCAUCGAAAUCGACUGAUCAAAGCUUACAUGCGGGUUGGUAUGCAACUUGAAGAAAACGAGAGAGGGAUGGGUGUUAUAGGUCUAGCUGAGGCCGACUUUUUACAGCCAACGCACAACAAGCAGGACUUUGACGACACCACUGCAUACCGAAGACUCUUGAAGAAGCUAUCAGAUGUGUUGGCUGAAUACUGGUGGGAAAAGAAAGAGCGAGCAAAUAUUCUCCAAAUGCAACCAGAGACCAGGAAACGAGGUCCGGCAGGAUCCCACGCAGAGGAUGUUCCGGAUGUAAAUUGGGUUCAGUGUGAUAAUCCGACAUGUCUGAAGUGGCGUGUAUUGCCUCCCGGAACGGCCGUGGAAAAAUUACCUGACAUCUGGUACUGCGAGUAUCAUCCAGACCCAAAAUUUCGCAGACAUGAGGAGCCGGAGCAAGAAUGGGAUACCACCAUUCAGCAUGAGAUUGUUGAAAGGAGAAGGGAGCGGAAACGCGAAUAUGAUAGGGAGAAAAAGGAACGGGAAGCGGAGAAAAAACGGCAGCGUCUGGAAGCUGCUACACGGGACAGUGUUGCAGUGUUGGAAAAGCAAAAGGAAGAACUAGCCAAAGGUAUUCAAGAGCAGCUUGAGCGAGAAAGAGAAGCUUUAGAGGAACAAAAACGGAGAGAAGAAGAAGUCAAGAAACUCAACGAGGAAUGGGCUAUAAUCAAACAAGACUGUGCUCUAAUGGAGUCGAGACGGGAAGAGAUGUUGAAACAGCAAAAAGAAUUAGAGGACCAAUUAGCAGCUGCGCAAGAAGAACUUGCACGAAAGGCUAGAGAGAAAGAAGAGAUUGCUAUGGUUCAAGCUGCAAAGGACGCCGCAAAGCAAGCUGAAAAGGAGGCUGAAUUGGCAGCUGAAUUGGCAGCUGAAAAGGCACGGUUAGAGCAACAACUUCAGGUUCAAGUAUUAGUUCCAGAAGAAAACGGUCACGUUGUGGAGACAACAAUCGAAGAGACUACUACACCCAGUACAGGCAGAAAACCAUCGAGAAGAGGGGCAUCAUUGAAAGAAAAGCGAGGAACUUCAAAGGGAGGUGCCCCAGUCCUCCCGCCUCCAACUGCCCCUAUAGUGCCUGUGUCAACUCCAAGAGUGCCACAUCCUCUUCCCGAACCAAAUCAGAUGGCUCAAACUUUGGAAGCAAAUGGUAGCCACAAAGCGGACAGUUCCACCCUGCUUCGUGUUUCUUCCGGGUCUGGAAGUUCUAUCGCGCAGAGACCGAAACAUGUGCAGGUCCCGCUACCUCAUCGCAAGUCUGCAGCUUCUUCCAAAGACGAUACCAUCGCCCGAGCUCCCUCUGGAACCGCUCAACAGGUGCAACGGAAGGGAACAAAUUCAAAUGUAUCUACAGGGUCUAGAAGACAAGGAAGAACAGCUCACGCAUCACAGGCACCACUGCUUGAAUGGGGUCCUACUGGUGACUUGCCUAAUCCAGUACAAAGAGAGGGAAUGUCUAAUGGUGCUACUCCUCUCUUAGCAUCAGAAAAUGCUCAAUGCUUAUCGCCAGAGCCUCAAUAUACUACUCAAGAUAAAUCUCCUGAAAACACCUGUUCAAGCCACCAGCAGACGCAUGUUGAAGUCCAUCCUUCCCGUGUAAAUGAAAGAUUGUCCGCACCUUCAGAUGCAGCUCAUCAAAGCACAGUAACACCAGAUAGUCAUGAUAACGGAUGUCGGAUCUCGACUGGUGUACAAGUGGUGAUCACAAAUACGCUGGAUGAAGCAGCUCAGCAAGUUGUAAUUCCGCACGCAGAUACUUCUGUAAGAUCGGGUGGACAGGAAGGACAAUUAGAAGACAACGUUUUAGAAUCUGGGAGGCUUUGUAUCGAUCUGCCUAUGGAUUCCUCUAUAUUUAAGAGUGAAUCUAUGCGGUCUCUUGACAAAGAGUUCUUCUCUUCCCAAAGGCGUCUGAGACUCGCGCUUAACACUUUGACCAAAAUUGGUGGAUUGAAUGAUGGGAAGGUUUAUGAUUUGGAUCUAUUACCCAUUACAGACGAUGAAGUGAUUGAAAUAUGUGAAAAGACUCAGGAGAAUGUCGAAGCAAAGCUCACAAAAUACAGACAGGAUGUGGCGAGUUUGAAAGCAGAGCUGGCGUACUUGAUGGCUGAUAAAUACCAGCACGGGCAAGGACAGAGCUGGAAUUUCAAGAUCCAAAGUGUUAUCAAUAAGUGGGGAGUGAUGGAAGUUAGUAAGAAAACUUAGCUCGGCGUUUUCAAGAGUAGAGCAGCUGUUUUACAUCAUAAAAUAUUUUUUCCUUGCUGGAUGGCGCUGAACUCCAUCAAGGAUUUUGGAUUGAAGGCUUUUAGGACAGAAAGUACAAGAGCACAAAUGGAAUUAGGUACCAAACUGUGACGAACACGUGGUGACACAGGUUUUGCAAGUGGGUCCUGUAGGGUAGCUCUCAGACUCAUAUGUAAAGACCUGGGACAGCCUAAUGACAUAGCCCAGAUCCUUGUUAGAAGUUAGUAGUUCCAACAAGGUAUAUGUGGUAGGAAGGUUGGUGUAAAGAGUAGUAAAUUAAGGAAGAGCUGGAGCUUUUGGAUCAGUAGCGCAAUUAGAAAUUGGGAUCUGCAGAAGUUUCUGCCAGAUAGUUAGCUCGCAGUCUCAUUAGCAUGUAAAGAGGUGAGGCAGGCUACUCAGGCUACUCACUUAGUAUUGAAUUUUUGUUGGAUGGUGGCGACCUCCAACGAGGCAUGCGGAAGAAACGAUGUAGGAAGGUGUAGGAAGGUGUAGGAAGGAAGGUAGGCUUCCACAUACACUCCCUCCUUUGUACUGAAGGAGGUGUUACUGUAGAUAAAGAUGAAGGUUAGGAGUUGUACAAUAUAACUAUUUGAACCGAAGACCUUCGGGUGUUUUUCUCUUGAAGUUUCGUGAUGCUGGAUAUACCCUGUCAAACUCUUUUGCUGUACUUAUCAGGUCCAGAUAGCAAGUAAAUGAUUUGACCAUAUUGGAGCUCGGAAUUCU